AUGUCGAAAUAUGGAGGUGAACUCCAAAAUUAUGAAAGUGCGAGAAAUGUUAGCAGAGGUGGUAAAAGCAUAAGCUCAAGGCCACACAAAGUCUCAAAUGCCAUCAGAGCCAAUGAUCAGACUUUUAGAGCAUCUGUGAUACAUCGAAAAUCAUUUGAUCAUCGAAAUGGGGGAGCAUCCGGCCAUACACUGAAUAGAGAUGAUCUUGUAGAUAUGUUUGGAGGAAUGAGUGUAAGAGAUAGAUCCCGUUUGGGUAUGGACCUCUCGACGGUACAUGAGGUUGAUAACAAUGUGCGUGAACAAGGAGCUGGGGACUAUAGUACACUUACAAAUGAGUAUGAUCAAAAUUAUGAUAUGCAGAAUGGAGACGAUCAAGCACAGUAUGCAACAUUAACGCAGAAUAACGUGAAUAGGUUUGAGAAUGACGAUGAGAUGGACAAUAAUCAGAGAAAUUCGAAAAAGAACGAUUUCCUGCAAAGAUUUGCUGAGCCACAGUAUGAAGGUUACGACGAUAUUUAUGAUGAUGAUGGAGAUGGAUUUGAUAGUCAAAUACAGCAGGCUAUGGAUAUAAAAGCUGAAGAGAAUCUGGAAUCUCCAAAGCAAACACAAGGUAUCGCAAGUCACACGCAACGAAAUGGUAUACGUAAUCCUUUCAUUUCAGUUCCGUUAUCAAAAUAUAUGAUAAAGUCAGGAAACCGGCAGACGCCGCGAUCCGAAAGUAUGGAUUCAUUCUCUUCACUCUCUACUUCAAAGUCUGUUCCCACAGCCACUUCGUCUACUUCGUACACUGAGUCCGACAGUGAGCAAAGCGAUUACGGCAAUGAUUUCGCCGAUGAUGAGCUUGAUUUCAGUAAGGCAGCAUUGGUAAACAAGUUACAGCAGAGGCAGAAAAGAGCAGAAGAACAGGCUAGCACAAUUAAUCGUGAGAGAAGAAUGCGUUUUAGGCAGAUUCGUGAGAACUUCAACAACCCUGACUAUGUUGAGAGCAACCAGAAACCUCUAAGUGAUGAUUUCGAGAAUCUAGAUGAGCUUGAUUCAAAUAAGUUGAGGCGGUUUAGAGUUGUCAAUGAUAUCAGAUCGAACAUCGAUAUGCUUGACAGAAAAAGAUCCAUGCCGGUACUUAUGAAGUCGACUGAUGUUCCUCUUCAGUCUGCAAAAGCAAUUCGCAAAUAUUCCUCAACCCUGGAUCUCCCAUCUAGGGUCCCCAUUUCCUCUAAAAUUAAAGGAGCAAGGUAUCCACCAGUCUCGUUAUCUCUUAAAUCGAGGCCAUAUUACAACAACAAUAACAGCAAAGACGAUAGUGCCGAUGACGAAAAUGAGAACGAAGUUAAUAAUGAUGAGAAUGAAGCUUACGGCUAUGCUGAUCCUCGACAGCCUGAAGAAGAUUCAUCAGAUGAGUUGACCAUUACCCUGGCUGAUUAUGAAAAACUCAAGCGUAAGAGUCAUCGCAUAGAUCUUACCAAAUAUCAAGAAUCGCCAACUAAAAAAUCAUGGACUCACCAUGUGGUCACUCACAGUUUAUCUAAUAACGAUAAUGUUCAACCUAGUCAUAACCAUCAUCGGCAUCGUCAUCAGCGACAUCAUAAAGCAACCCAUGAAGAGGACUUUGAUGGUUUGACCAAUACUGCCCGCUUGAGUAAAGAAGGUAAGUUAAAAAUCAUUCGAUCACUUGGCAAGCAUAAAACUAAGCAGGUGCUGCCUGGCCAUCUGUAUGGGGAAAUCGUCUAUGAUCCAGAUCAGAUGAAGUGGUGUGGAAAUGAUGAGGAUUUGUUACCGUUUGAAUCUGUGAGCAAGCCUGCAUUAAUUAAGCAUUACAGCGGCUUAAGACAACAGCAAUCAGAAGAGAAACUGGCCCAAAAGAAAACGCAAGGCCAUGUCAGUGCAUCAAAUGUGCUCAAGUCAAAUGGUAAGCGAAGUCCAAAGUCAACAAUCACUCACAGCAUAAAUAAGAAUGAUGAAAACGAUGAAUUUCCUCAAGUUGUUGGAAAUAUGGUCUACGAUAACAAAAAAUUGCGCUGGGUCAGUUUGACCGGAAAGUACGAGGAUGAUCCUUUCCAGAAUAUGGAUGAUACACUGGCCAGUGAAAAUGCAAAUACUCAAAAGAUUACAUUACAACAGCCUGGAUCCAAACGUCCAAGCAGAUUGAAUUUGAAGCUGGGUACAACGCCUAGGGGUAAUUUUGCUAGAGGUAGGAUUCCUUCUUCCGUUUCAUGUUCAUCGAUCCCAAACUAUGCCCAGCAGAUUCAAUCUGAAAACCCAUUGAAGAUUAGGAUGGAGAAUUAUAAGAUGUGGAAAGCCGAAGAGACAAGAUGGAUGCGUAAAGUUAGAAAUUGGUUUCCUUCCGAGGAUGAUGACUUGAGUUUCUGCUAUGAGCUUAAAUCUUUUUUGGAUGAGCAGUGA